AGAGGUGGUCGGUCGGCGGGUGCUGAAUGAGGAUGCAAACCUUUAACGGAGACUGUAGGAAAUAAACCAAUGAACGCGUGACAACGGGACGCUGUGGAGAAGCGUACUCGCAGACAAGUAGGGUCAUGGUGUGCGAGAUUUUAAUGUUUUCUGUGAGAAAUCUGAGAAGAUAGAGGAUUUGUUGUUAGUUCAGAAGGAGAGCGUUAAGCGCUUAGAAUAAGGUGCUGAAGAUUUUGGAAAAGACUGAGAAAAUUUUUGCUUUUAUUAUUACGCUGAAUGGACUUUUGAAUUACUGUCUUGCUGUCUCUGGUCAGCCAAAGGUCCGAGGAUGUCUCCACUCUUCGCGGAACCUGCAUUUAGCCCGCAAACCAGCCACUGACUGACUUUUUACGCACGGAGAAAGCUCGGUUCUCACACACUUUGUUUUCGUGUUUUUCUGGAUGAACAUUGCAAUACAUUUUCAAUGAUUCGAGAUCUGAGCAAGAUGUACCCCCCGGCGCGGCAUCCGCCGGGACAGCCGUUCAAGUUCACUGUCACCGAGUCCUGCGACCGGAUCAAGGAGGAGUUCCAGUUCCUGCAGGCGCAGUAUCACAGUCUGAAAUUGGAAUGUGAGAAACUGGCCAGUGAGAAAACUGAGAUGCAGAGGCACUAUGUCAUGUACUACGAAAUGUCAUACGGGCUGAACAUCGAGAUGCACAAGCAGGCGGAGAUCGUUAAACGGCUGAACGCAAUCUGCGCCCAAGUCAUCCCCUUCCUCUCUCAAGAGCAUCAGCAGCAGGUGGUGCAGGCAGUAGAGAGGGCCAAGCAGGUCACCAUGGCUGAACUCAACGCCAUCAUAGGACAGCAGCAACUCCAGGCUCAGCACCUCUCUCAUGGCCAUGCCAUCCCUGUCCCACUAACACCCCACCCAGCGGGCCUUCAGCCCCCUCUGCCUCCUGGGGCCAGUACUGCCAGCCUGCUGGCUCUGUCCUCUGCCCUGAGUCACCAGCUGCCACUCAAAGAUGAGAGGAAGCAUCACGAUAACAACAGCGAACACACACGAGACAGAGACUCAGUCAAGAGCUCAUCUGUCUCUCCAUCAGCCAAUUUUCGAACUGGAGAGAAGCAUCGAAGUUCAAGCGAUUAUUCCUCUGACAGCAAAAAACAGAAGACAGAUGAUAAGGAGCUGACCUCCACACGCUAUGAAAGUGAUGGAGAAAAGAGUGAUGACAACUUGGUUGUCGACGUCUCCAACGAGGAUCCAGUGUCUCCCCGAGGAAGUCCUGCACACUCUCCUCGGGAGAAUGGGUUGGACAAAAGUCGCCUGUUGAAGAAAGACCCACCACUGAGCCCUUCCUCAAUUGCUUCUUCCAGCAGCACACCUUCCUCCAAGUCUAAAGAUAUUAAUAUGAAUGAGAAGUCAACAACUCCCGUGUCCAAGUCCAGCACUCCCACAUCCCGCUCUGAAGCCCCCACACCCAGCAGUGCCUCCACCACAGGCCUGAGGUCUGCACCCAGUAAAUCAUCAGGAGUUGAGGCACUGACUCCUGGUCUUCGCACACCCCUGGCAGUGCCCUGCUCGUACCCUGGCCCAUUCGGAAUGGUUCCUCACCCUGGUAUGAAUGGAGAGCUGAGUGGAACAGGAGCAGCCUACACUGGCUUGCAUAACAUUUCCCCACAGAUGAGUGCAGUGGCCGCGGCCGCUGUGGCAGCCUACGGACGCACACAAGUGGUAGGAUUUGAUCCUCACCACCACAUACGUGUUCCUGGACUUCCUCCUAACUUGUCGGGCAUUCCUGGUGGAAAACCAGCUUAUUCCUUUCAUGUGAGCGCUGACGGACAAAUGCAGCCUGUGCCUUUUCCUCCGGAUGCACUGAUCGGCCCUGGUAUCCCGCGCCAUGCUAGACAGAUCAAUACUCUCACCCACGGGGAGGUGGUGUGUGCCGUUACCAUCAGUAACCCUACACGUCACGUUUAUACCGGCGGCAAGGGCUGUGUCAAGGUGUGGGAUAUCAGUCACCCGGGCAACAAGACCCCUGUUUCCCAGCUGGACUGCCUUAACAGGGAUAACUAUAUUCGAUCCUGUCGGCUACUUCCUGAUGGACGAACUCUUAUCGUUGGGGGAGAAGCGAGUACUUUAUCAAUCUGGGAUUUGGCUACACCGACUCCUCGGAUCAAAGCGGAAUUAACUUCGUCUGCACCUGCAUGUUAUGCUCUGGCCAUCAGCCCGGAUUCCAAAGUCUGCUUUUCCUGCUGCUCUGAUGGAAACAUUGCCGUCUGGGAUCUUAACAACCAGACUCUGGUUAGGCAGUUCCAGGGCCACACAGAUGGAGCCAGCUGCAUAGACAUUUCUAAUGAUGGGACCAAGCUUUGGACCGGAGGUCUGGAUAACACUGUCCGGUCCUGGGACCUGAGAGAGGGACGCCAGCUGCAACAGCACGACUUCACCUCUCAGAUCUUCUCACUGGGAUACUGUCCAACGGGAGAGUGGCUGGCAGUUGGGAUGGAGAACAGUAAUGUGGAGGUGUUGCAUGUCACCAAACCUGACAAAUACCAGCUCCACCUGCAUGAAAGCUGUGUGCUGUCACUCAGAUUUGCGCACUGUGGGAAGUGGUUUGUAAGUACAGGAAAAGACAAUCUGCUAAAUGCAUGGAGAACCCCAUAUGGAGCCAGCAUAUUCCAGUCAAAAGAAUCAUCCUCUGUGCUGAGCUGUGACAUCUCCAUUGAUGAUAAGUACAUUGUGACGGGAUCAGGAGAUAAGAAGGCAACUGUCUAUGAGGAUAAACCUAAAAGGAACAAACCAAACAUUUUCUUGGACCAUGACUUCCUGACCUUCUGGCUAGUCGAGGAUCAAAACCAACAAGCGGACCCAAGCACAGAUCUUUUUUUUUUUCCUUUUGACUUUGUGUUAUUGUGAGGAUGAGUGAAUGCUGUUGGGCUGUUAACAUUCCUUUAUGUUACCUUUCACUUAAGCCUCUUAUAUCAUUUUUCUUUUUUCAGUGUGUAGACUGUAAAACAAGCAUGACUGUUCACAUACAUACUAAUCUGCCUGUGUACUUUAUACAUACAUGGAGGCUAAAAUGUAUGCAAACUAGGUGGCAGAUCAGAGCCGUAGUGCUUCUGGGCUACUCUGGAAUAUCAACAGCCAACCUGCACACAACUAAUGCUGAUGGUGUAAAUAAAGGGGCAACAAUUUGGUUACUUUUUUGCCAUUUAUAUUGCCAUGUGUUUUGAGUCUGCAGCUGAGCUUUCUUCCCAUUUUGACAUCCCCUCAUUAUUUCUGUGCUUAACUGCAUCCUGCAGAUGUGUCGCCUUAAUUGUGACGAUGGCACAUUCAUCCAAAGGGUGCAGGACACACAAAAAUAUAGCACUUGCGCACAUGUGAAUGGGUUUUUCAAGCAAAUAUAUCAGAGGCUCCGUUUUUUAAAUGGUAUCGAAAUGUGAGACAGUAUAUUCAUCUUUAAUUGGUUAGUUAUGGCUUGAAUUCAUGUACAGUGUGUUAUUUCAACACACUGAUUUUUCCUUCUUUGGGCUAUGAAUAUAUACACCUUUUUAUUUUUAUUUUAAAUAACAGUAAGAAAAAGCUUCCACCUGUGAAAAACAUCAACAAAUUUCAUAACAAUCUAUCUAAAAAGGUUGUGUCAGACCCGCUUAAAAUAGUAUUGUCCAUCAAGAAUUAGUUUAGAAUAGUUUCUUAUUAAACAUGUUCAUAUAUUCAGUUUUUUUUAGAGAUAAGAUCAAUAAGACUUUCUGAAUGCUAGAUGCAGCCAGGAGGACUUAAGCCUGGCUCAGAUUAGUAUGGAUACUCAACUAUGCCUACUACAAGAUAUCUGGUCAUUGCUGUGAGAUUUUCAGGCAACAAGGAUUUACACCUAAAAAUAUCUGAUAAAGGAACACUGCAUAUGAAUAUGCAAAAUUUGGAGACAAGGGAUGAUAUUUCAGGUACCACAAGCUUUCCGGUUACCAUGUGUAGUUAGAAUUGAUCUAUUACUCUGAGGAGACACUGGUUGCAUAUACAUAAAAGUAUCCUAUUAAAUACAAUUUAGAAACUACUAGCUGUAGUCUAAUGAGAUAAUGAUCAUGGUUUUUGUUUUCAUUGUAUUUAUUAGCUUCAUUUGUAAUUAAUGGCUAUACUGGAUGGUCCAAACUGUUGGCUAUUGUUCCAUCAGGUGAUAAAUGAAAGGGUUCCUAGACUAACAGAGUGUAGUGCUGAUCUUCUAAUCCAUUCAUUCCCAAACUUAAAAAUGUUGCCAAACGAUUUGAAAUCUUAAAAUUUUGUGCGACCAGCCAAAAACAAUAAUCACAGCUCUCAUCAACACAUUUUCCCAACAACGAUGAGUUAGAAAAUACACAAAACAUAGGUAGAAUAAGCCAGUAACUUAAUUCAUCAGCUUGACUUUAUGAGUAUAUAUAUGAGUUCUGGUUAUGUUUUAAAAUGUAAAUAUAUAAACAUAAAAUAUGAUCAUAAAUACUGUUUGGGGGCGUUUGAUUUAGGGCAGGCAAGCCCUUUCAAGACCCAAUUGAAAUACCUUUGAAGGCCACAAGGAGGCAGCCACAAACGCUUUGGGAAAUCACAGCUCUGAUCAAAAUCUUUGCCAAAAAAAAAAGAAAAAGAAGAACUGUUCCUUUAAAUACCGUUGUUUGUUUACCUACAGCAUCAUUUUCUACCUGUGUUCCUGAAUUUGUUCUUGUAGUUCAGCUUCUGAGUGAAGUAAGAGCUGUUUGUGUGUGCGCGGGUGUGUGUGUGUUGUAUUUAUUUCUGUAUUUUCGACUCUGUGGGCACUGAACAAACUAACAGAAUUGCCCUCAAUGCCCUCUCUACUGACUGACUUUUGCACUGUCUCUGUCCCUUAGCUCGGACUUCUCUGGAUGCUCGCUGGCUUCCUACUGAUAGAUUUCAGUAAAACAGAUUUAUUGGUGUUUGGAGGUCAGUCACUCCAGCCUGGAUUUUCUGUUAAAACCUUUGGGAAAAACAAGUGGUCAGCGAUGUGGUCUUGAUUUGUCUUGGAUUUACGUCUGUUGGCUUGUAAAAAUAACACAGUGCCUUUACGCUAUACUUCUGCCCUCCUUUUGUCCUGCUGCGUUCAGUUACAUACGCAGAACUGAAAUGUGUCUCCUCUGUUGGAAGUGUUUUUGAGUGUCUUGGAACAUUUAAGGAUCCUUUUUAAUUACAAGGAUCAUUUAUCAACAGUACUGCUGAAAUGAUCACAAAUUUCCAGAACCAAACUUUAUUUCAAACACUUGGAACACACUAUUGACCAGUGGAGUUAACCAGAAAAAAUAACUAUUGGAGUUAAAAAGUGUUUAUUCUUUGAUAUUUGUUGCUGUUUUUAAGCUUUAAAAACUUGUUUGUUGCUUGUAAUUCAUUUGUGUUAUUACAUAGUUAUAACAUCAGUCCCACAUCACAUUAAUCUACAGGAAUGUAAACACAACACAAUAAGUUACUAGCACAGAUUUAUGUCACCAAGAUUCUAACCUAUAAUCAUCCAAUCAGGAUGGAUGCCAGCUUAUCCUAAACAGGCAUUUUAAACUUUCUUACUAAACCGAACUAUCAGGAGGCAUAUGUUAAACAGUAAUAAUUUUAAAUUGAGUGCCUAAACCCAAUCUCUUGGUUUAGCUACUGCCAGUAACUUUUGUUAGGUUAGUUUAGUUUGAUAUGAGAUUUUUAGUACUUUGGAGUAAUUUGGCAACAAGAAAGACUGAUAUAGACUUGCUUUGUGGAUGUACUAGUAGUGCCUGUCAGAAUGAAUUUGAAGACUAUGAAUGAAACUGUUCUUAUAUUACUCAGAUCCAUCCUGUACUAUUGCUGAAUUCAUCUAUUUCCUUUUGAGGUAAAUGACAUGUUGCCAGCAACGUAUUUCUGUAACUCAUUGUUUACGCUUUUUGCUCUCAUUUCAUGAAAUGGGAGGGGGGAAAAAAAGAAAUGUGACCACAUUUUUUUAACUACUGUAAAUGACUGCUUUACUUUGAAAAUUGAUAAAGCACUCAUGCUUAGUGUUAACCUGCCUGAGAUCUACCUACCUAUCUUAUUUUAAUAAGGUCUUGAUUAGGGAUGUACUGAUAUAUCGGCAGAUUGUUUUAGGAAAAGAAAAGUUUAAAUUAAAUACAUUAUAUAGAAGCAUGUUGGCUAUGUGGCAGAUUGAAAGAAAGCCUUGUAAUAAAUGCACUGAUCUGAAUACAAAAAGACAUUUUACAGUAUGGUAUGUUGAGCUGACUGGAUUUCAUACAGGAGAGACUGUAUUGAAAAUAAUUUACUGUUAUGGCUGUUUUUUGUUUGUUUUUUUACACAGACACUGUACAUUUCGAAGGUGGUUAUAAAUAUGUUUUUUCACAUUCCUGUUUGCUAAAUUCAGCUAUGCUUUCUGAUCAAAAUGACGAUUCAUUCACUUUGCUGUCUUGAGUGCUCUUUUGCGCUUUCUGCUCUUGAAUGAAUAAAAUCUGGUGUCACCUCCUUGUACUAUCUUCAGUCUUCAUCUAGAUAAAACAUUAAAAAGGAAAAAAAAGGAAAUGCUCUUUGGUUGUAGUCGCUGUCAUGUCAAGAGUCAAAUCUGAAUGUUACUCAUCUUAUCUGACUGCUACAUGUUAGAAGGCUAACAAGAUCUGGCACAGAAAUGUUGUUAAACAGUAAUGAUGUGUAGAGCAUUUAGCUUGACUGGCUAUAACUUUACUGUAAACAUGUAAUUAUUCAAGCUUACAGCAGAAACUUCCUGUUACUAGUUGAGCUUUUUUCAUUCGAUACAAAAUGCCUUUGCUCUCUUUUUUCUAGUCUGUGCUUGAAUUUAUUAAAUUAC